AUGGUUGGUGGCCCCCGUGUCCAAAAUCAGAGUGCAAAUGUCAUAAAGAUUCGCAAGAGCAGUGGAGAUCCGUUUAUCUUUUUACCUUUCUGGAUAAGGUUAGAUUCUUCAUGUAAAUCUUCUCUCUUUGAUUCUUUGGCGGUGAAGUUUCUUCCCUUGAUUUUGAUUUGUUUGAUUCUUAGUAAUAGAUAUUUGGAUCUGGUAGCGAUUUUUUUGUUCCAAAGUAGUUUUUGUGAAGAAAAUGGUUCCUCAAAAUUCGGGGUCAGAUUUGACAGGUCUAUUCCUGAGGGCAAUGACCUUGGUGGUCUUUGUGAAGAAGAUCAUGGUUUCUUCUGUGCUGCUAGCUCACUACGUUUGGAUAGUUCUGGAGGUGAUGAUGUUGACAAGCUGAUCAUUAAUGAAAUUUUUGAGGUCGCAUUGAAUGAAAUCAAAAGCAGUCCCUUGAUAUUGUUUGUGAAAGACAUAGAGAAGUCUAUAGCUGGAAAUACUGAUAUAUAUACUGCCUUGAAGAGUAAGCUUGAGAAUUUGCCAACAAACAUUGUAGUAAUUGGUUCUCAUACACAGAUGGAUAACCACAAGGAAAAAUCCCACCCUGGCAGUCUUCUGUUCCCAAAGUUUGGUUCCAACCAGACUGUUCUGCUUGAUCUUGCUUUUCCAGAUAAUUUGGUAGACUUCAUGAAAGGGGUAAAGAAACAGCUAAAACCAUGAAACAAGUAACUCGCCUUUUCCCUAACAAAGUGACAAUCCAGUUGCCUCAGGAUGAAGCUUUACUUUUGGACUGGAAGCAGCAGUUAGAACGGGACAUUGAAACUCUUAAAGAACAGGCAAAUUUUGUUAGCAUUCGAUCAGUGAGUAACACUUUAAUCCUGCUCUGUUUUUUCUUUUUUUCCAGCUGUGUGCUCCCUGUUUC